CGAACUUGGGCGCAGAGUCGCGCCACCGCGCCCGCGGCCCGAGCGAUGAAGAUGGUGGCCCCCUGGACGCGGUUCUACUCCAACAGCUGCUGCCUCUGCUGCCAUGUCCGCACCGGCACCAUCCUGCUCGACGUCUGGUACCUGAUCCUCAAUGCCGUGGUACUGCUGAUUCUGUUGAGCGCCCUGGCUGAUCCAGAUCAUUACCACUUUUCAAGUUCUGAACUCGGGGGUGACUUUGAGUUCAUGGAUGAUGCCAACAUGUGCAUUGCCAUUGUGAUUUCUGUUCUCAUGAUCCUUAUCUGUGCCAUGGCUACAUACGGCGCAUACAAGCAACGCACAGCCUGGAUCAUCCCAUUCUUCUGCUACCAGAUCUUUGAUUUUGCCCUGAACACCUUGGUUGCCGUCACCGUACUUGUUUAUCCAAACUCCAUCCAGGAAUACAUACGACAGCUGCCUCCUGAUUUUCCUUACAAAGAUGAUAUCAUGUCAGUGAAUCCUACCUGUUUGGUCCUCAUUAUUCUUCUGUUCAUCAGCAUUAUCUUGGCUUUUAAGGGUUACUUGAUUAGCUGUGUUUGUAACUGCUACCGAUAUAUCAAUGGCAGGAACUCCUCUGAUGUCCUGGUUUAUGUUACCAGCAACAACACUACGGUGCUGUUACCCCCGUACGAUGACGCCACUGUGAACAGCGCCACCAAGGAGCCGCCGCCCCCGUACGUGUCUGCCUGAGCCUGGAAGUCGGGCGGAGCAAGAGCAACAGCCAGACUUGUCAUUCAUCAGAGCAAUAGUUCUUUAAUUUUUCUUCUGAGAUGAGCUCUCUGAGCUUAUUUGUCGCAGAAAUGCUACAGUUUAAAAUUUUAGAUGUUAAGUUGAAACUCUGUAGUUUGAAACCUAUGCUUUA